CGGAGAACGGUCUUCGAAUAUUGGCGCCCCCAACAAGCCAGGUCUAGCGAAGCUUUAAGCUUGGCCUGUCCCAAUCUUUGUGAACUUUUGGUCAACGCUUUCGACAACCAGGUACAACUAUGCUCCGCGGCUGUUGGGGCAAUCGAAAGCUGACUAUGGCCGUGAGCUGUUGUAUUGUACUCGCCAUUAUUGCCCUCACCGUGGGCCUUUGUGUCGGCCUGGGCGCUGGAGAGAACGGCCGGGAGGAUUCGCCGAGGUUUACCAUCGACCAUGAAGCCAAUACCUUUGUGCUGGAUGGCAAACCCUUCCGAUACGUCUCUGGAUCGUUCCACUACUUCCGCGCUGUGCCAGAGGCCUGGCGGAGUAGAUUGCGCACCAUGCGUGCGUCUGGUCUGAAUGCUUUGGAUACCUACGUAGAAUGGUCGCUUCACAAUCCCCACGAUGGCGAAUAUAAUUGGGAGGGCAUAGCGGAUGUGGUCAAGUUCCUAGAAAUAGCCCAAGAGGAAGACUUUUAUAUUAUUCUCCGUCCAGGUCCCUACAUCUGUGCGGAGCGGGAUAAUGGAGGUCUUCCCCACUGGCUCUUUGCCAAAUACCCGACCAUAAAGAUGCGGACGAACGACCCCAACUAUAUUGCCGAAGUCGGAAAAUGGUAUGCACAGCUCAUGCCACGUCUUGAGCAUCUGUUUGUAGGGAACGGUGGCAAGAUCAUCAUGGUGCAGGUGGAGAACGAGUACGGAAAUUACGCCUGUGAUCACGACUAUCUCAACUGGCUCAGAGAUGAGACGGAGAAAUAUGUGGCCGGAAAGGCCCUGCUUUUUACAGUUGAUAUACCCAACGAGAAGAUGAGCUGUGGCAAAAUCGAAAAUGUUUUUGCUACCACAGACUUUGGCAUUGAUCGCAUCCACGAAAUUGACGAAAUCUGGAAAAUGUUGCGUGUCCAGCAGCCCACUGGCCCACUAGUUAACUCUGAGUUCUAUCCUGGCUGGUUGACUCACUGGCAAGAGCAAAACCAACGACGGGAUGGCCAGGAGGUGGCCAAUGCUCUUAAGACUAUUCUUAGCUACAAUGCUAGUGUCAACCUGUACAUGUUCUUUGGUGGCACCAAUUUCGGAUUUACCGCCGGAGCCAAUUACAACUUGGACGGCGCUCUCGGCUAUGCUGCUGACAUCACCAGCUACGACUAUGAUGCAGUGAUGGACGAGGCUGGAGGAGUUACCACCAAGUACAACCUGGUAAAGGAAGCAAUUGGCCAGUUCCUUACUUUGCCAGACAUCACAUUAAAUCCCGCCAAGCGUCUGGCUUAUGGUAAGGUAGAGGUAACUCCGUCAUUGGCUCUGCUGUCAGCGGAAGGACGAGCAGCUCUCUCCAAAGGCACGCCUGUUGAGUCAGCAAAGCCCAAAACCUUCGAGGAACUCGACUUGUACUCCGGCCUUGUUCUUUACGAAACGCAACUGCCCGAGAUGGACCUGGAUCCGGCUCUGCUAAAAAUAACCCAGAUCAAUGACCGCGCCCACGUCUUUGUGGACAUGGAGCUGGUCGGCACACUCUCUCGCGAGGCUCAGAUUUAUUCACUGCCCCUCAGCAAGGGAUGGGGCAGCACCCUUCAGUUGCUGGUUGAGAACCAAGGACGAGUGAACUUCUUUAUAUCCAACGACACAAAGGGGAUCUUUGGCGAAGUGAGUCUGCAGCUGCACAAUGGUGGCUAUCUGCCGCUGGAGAACUGGAGGAGCACCGCCUUUCCCUUAGAGGAAGCAUACAUAAAACGCUGGCAGGAAAGCCAAAUCGAACAGCAGAUCAGGUUGGACUCGUUCCUGGCCAGGCAACGUAUCCUCCGGAACGGGCCAAUUCUCUACACGGGCACACUUAAUGUUAAGGAGGUGGGUGACACCUAUUUGAACAUGGCUGGAUGGGGCAAGGGCGUAGCCUAUGUGAAUGACUUCAAUCUGGGGCGCUACUGGCCAGUAGCCGGUCCCCAAAUCACUCUAUAUGUGCCCAAUGAAGUCCUGAAGUUGGGCUCCAACACGCUCGUCAUACUGGAAUAUCAGCGGGCGAACAAAACGGCAACGGGCGACGAACUGCCCGCAGUGCAGUUCGAUGCAGUGGCUCAGCUGGAUGGGGAGUCUGGAGAUGUUCCUCUUUAAUGACGACCGAUCGAUUAGAUUAGUUAUUUUUUAUUUUGAAGCAGUUUUGAUUGAUAUUUGCAUCAACAACAACCUUUGUUAAGCUUUUAAUACAUAUUCUAAUACAUAUGACAAAACAUAAA